AUGUACAGUGGGAGGAAGUGGAGACGCGUCGUCCAUCAGUAUAUAGGCUACAGUCUAUGGACCCAUGGACCAAGCUGAUCGAUGACGCCCCGUUCAACCAGCCAAUGACGUGAAGCUGUAAAGGGUGACAUAUUCCCCAAAAACUGCGAGUCUUCUUCUGCAAUGACAGAUAAAGUUCAAGAGCUCGUGUCAAAGUGUCUGCAGGCCCGGGACAUGGCAUACUGUCCCUACAGUCGGUUCCCUGUCGGUGCUGCCAUAUUAACAGCAGAUGGCGCUAUCAUUUCAGGCUGUAAUGUGGAGAAUGCCUCCUACGGUCUGACGGUGUGUGCUGAGCGGACGGCCAUCCAGAGGGCUGUGGUGGAAGGACACAAACAGUUCACUGCCAUUGCUGUGACAUGUGAUAUCAAAGACCGUUUUGUUGGGCCAUGUGGAGCAUGUCGACAGGUUCUUAUGGAGUUUGGAUCAGACUGGACUGUAUACUUGAUCAAGCCGGAUGGAUCUUACAAAAAAACCAGCCUUAAUGAACUGUUGCCUCUAGCCUUUUCCUCGGCCGACGUGAUGAAGAAGAACUGAUGAAGCCUCAGCAGCAGCACUUUUUAGAGUAAAAGUACUUUUUUAGCUGCAGGGAAUUGUGUUACAGCAACACUGCAAAUUAGGGUAAACAAUAAAACUUUUUUCCCCCUAAA